GUCAAAGUGCACUCAGACUAAUGUAUCCGGAUACAAACACUUAUCAACAAUGUUUACUCUAUUAAACGACCUACAUGUGUACAUGUACGUUGUAAUUAAGAACAAUAAUCAACGUCUUCUCCGUCCAACGCCAUCUUGUUUGUCUUCCUCCUGUGGCGUCUUGGAGGUGUUCUCAACCGUGGAACAAAUGUUCGCCAAACACGUGUUUCACUGGGACAAUAGUGAAUGGUGCACACUUGCUGCGCCAAAGCCACAGAACAAAAAGUCACAUUUAAGAGUUGCUGGUGUAACAAUUGGAAGAACAUAUUUGACUCAUCUCUUGUACAUGCGGCUAAUAAGAAGGAAGAAACAGGAAAUGAUAUUGCAUGUAAAAGUAAAUCCAACCAAUCACAGCUCUGCAGUCCUUGUCGCCAUUGACGUGAGGUCAGACUAUUUUGGAGGUGCACAUCAAGGUUCGCUGACGUCUGUGAAUAACAUCUUCACCCUGAGCAACAGAAGUGGAGCUUCGGGAUGGUAACGGAGGAGCCACAGCCCUCCCACAUUAAGAAAGAAGAGGAAUAUCCACUGAUGCCACAUUUUACAAAGGAAAAGGAGGACCCACUGACCCCUCACAUUAAGGAGGAAGAGGACCCACUGACCCCUCACAUUAAGGAGGAAGAGGACCCACUGACCCCUCAUAUUAAAGAGGAAGAGGAGGACCCACUGAACCCUCACAUUAAAGAGGAAGAGGAGGAUCCACUGACCCCUCACAUUAAAGAGGAAGAGGAGUACCCACUGACCCCUCACAUUAAGGAGGAUGAGGAGUACCCACUGACCCCUCACAUUAAGGAAGAAAAGGAGGACCCACUGACCCCUCACAUUAAGGAAGAAGAGGAGGAACACAGCAUCAGUCAGGAGGGAGAGCAUCUUAAAGGACUGGAGGAGGUUGAUGUCACCAAGAUGCCAUUGACUGGUGUGAUUGUGAAGAGUGAAUAUGAUGAGGUCAAAGCUGCAAGUGAGAAGAAGAGAGAGGCGGAGCCUCCAAGCAGCAGCUCAACUCAACACAUGACAAUAGAAGCUGAUGGAGACCACUGUGGAGGAUCACAAGCAGACAAGAUCUUAGCUCCACUAUCAGAUAGUGACGACACAACGUCUCACUCUCCUGACACUGAUGAUGAAGACUCUGAAGAUGAUAAGACAUGUCACACUGACAACACAGACUUGACAUGUUCUCACUGUGACAAAACUUUUAAAUGGCAUAGUAAUCUGAAAGUACACAUGAGAAAACACACUGGAGAAAAACCCUUUUCCUGCACAGAAUGUGGUAAAAGAUUUGCACAAAAUAGUUCUCUGAAAAUACAUACAAGAAUGCACACUGGAGAAAAACCCUAUUCCUGUUCAGUCUGUGGUAAAGGUUUUGCGCGAAAUGAUUAUCUGAAGAUGCACAUAAGAUUGCACACGGGAGAAAAACCCUUUUCCUGUUCAGUCUGCGGUAAAGAUUUUGCACGAAAUAGUCAUCUGAAAAUACACGUAAGAUUGCACACUGGAGAAAAAUCAUUUACCUGUUUAGUCUGUGGUAAAGGUUUUGCACAACAAAGUAAUCUGAAAAGACACAGAAGAAUGCACACUGGAGAAAAAAAUGUUUUCCUGUCCAGUCUGUAGUAAAGGUUUUAUACAAAGUAAGACUCUUAAAGUACACUGGAGACAAACCAUUUACCUAGAAGGCAUUAUUGAUAAUGCAGAGCAGAAAGCACACUGGUGAAAAUCAUUUUAUCAGCUCAGUCGGCUUUAAUGGUUUCAUAGACAGUCUAACUUUGAAAAGACACAAACUCAAGAAAAAACUUUUAGUUGCAGUGUGUGUGUGUGUGAUGAACGAUUCCCUAAUAAGUAGCAGUGUAAGACACACAAGUGUGCGGGUGAGAACAGCAGCAGCAAAUGAAGAGGCAGGAUGUUUUGUCAUUGUUCUGUGUGUUACAAGCUUGACAAAUUGCUUCUAACUUUUAUGUUACAUCACAUUUACCCUUGCAUGCUAAGAGCAUUUUUGAACUGUUAGCGAUCUAUAGUGUUUAUUUUUGUUUGGUAACUGACAGACCAUGAGAGAUUAUCAUCACACUUCAACAUCUCUAACAUGUAAAUGCUGCCUCUUUCCUAGAUCAGCAUUGUAAAUGUAAAACUUUUCUUAAAUGUUUUACCCUGGAUAAAUAAAUGUUAAAUACGUACAUGAAAACUAGGAAGUACAUGUUUAUAUACUACAUUACCCAGAAAGGUUAGUGCUCUAGACAGAAACAGGAAAUAGGUUUGAGUUAUGUUGGAGGACAACAUUUGUGCCGUUUGAUCAAUAAAGAGUUGAUAUA